AACACAAAAAACCUCAAAACAACGAACAUAACCUAAUUUUAACAUUCAGUUAUUCUGAUCAGCUGUUAGCUGUUUGAGUAGCGCCAUCAUCUGUAUAAAUUCUUCCCUGAAAUUGAAUUCAAUUUCAGUACUGCUAAACUUUUAGCCUUAUACUUGUGGUUUCAGUAUUUCACAUUUUGUUAUUCAAUUCUAUUCACCAAUUACCAAUGUAGGUAAAGAAGUAAACAAACGGUGCAUUCACUAAAGAAGAUGAUUGAACGAGCCCUAAAAUGAAAAUGGCCGGUAUUCUAGAAGAAAAACUGAGAGAAGCGGCUUGUGUAGGUGAUUCAGAAGCUGUAAUCAAUCUUUUAACACAGAACAUAGAUAUCAAUUCCCAGAAUUCUGUGAAUGGAUGGACUGCAUUGCAUUGGGCAUGUAAACGUGGCAACGAUGACAUAGCAAAGAUUUUAAUUGAAAAUGGAGCUGAUCAAAGCAUAAGAAACUUCAAGGGACUGACACCCAGUGAAGUCUGUUAUCCAGAAUCCGAACAAAUCGGGAAUCAGCAAGAUCAGACUGGCCUUAGAUAUACCCCGAAUUACUUGAAGAAUCCUUCCAUAAACUCUCAAGUUGAUAUAGGAAGUAGAAUUCGAACAAAACAUAGUGACCUUGCAAAGAUGCCCACUACCUCAUUGCCCACAUCGCAAUCUGACGAUCUCGUCCUGAAAGUUCGGAUACACGGAUCAAGUGAUCCUGAUUUCAUUGAAGUGGAGAUUCCCAGAUGGAAAUUAACUUUUGGUAGUUUGCUGAAAAUUUGUUGUGCCGAGCUAGACAUUCCGGAGAAUCAAGUAGAAAGAAUAAGAAAACUUCCGGAUACUCGUUUAAGAAGGGACAGCGAUGUCAAAAGACUGAAGGACAAUCAAGCCUUGGAAAUAGUAUUGAAGUCACCUGCAAACGGUGAUAAAUCAGUGAAUUGUUAUCAGAGCAUUUCAACGUGUAAAAAUCAGACUAUACUGUAUUGAGUAAAAACCCAUGCAGUAUUGACAAAUAUAACUAUCACACAAUCGCUCUUAAUAAUUUACUGGAAUGUUGAAGCAGUCCAUGAAGCAGAUGUAUAGUUGAUUGGCGAAUUUCGUUUGAAAAAUCAGGAGCACUUGCAAAAAGUAAAAAGGACUUGGCUUUUUAUUGAUCUUAUUUGAACAUGCUUUGAAUUUUAUGACACGCAUUGAAUCCGUAGAAAAUCAUUUUGAUCUCUUGAGAUUAUUCAAGAAUUAUCGUAACUUUCAAGACAAUUUGUCGUGACUUUACCACCUUUUGGGAGCGGAUAAUUCUUCAGAGAAUAGUUGUAAUUAUGAUUCUAUAGGAUAACUUUAUAACAAGUAAUAAAUCAGACUCAUUAUCUUGAAACUGUAUGAGAACAUGUUUGUAUACUUUUUCAUAACUGGCACUAUUUUAUUAUCUGAAUAAAUUGGUAUAAGUACAUUUAU